UGGCCCCUCCCCCUCCCCCCCUUAAUCGCUGCAGUAAUGUGAAUGGCGCUAAGAGACCGAGGGGGAAGGAAGAGAAGAACCGACCGCGUUCGGUUAAGAAGGAAAAUCCCCCAAAUGACACGAGGAAGAACAGAAACCCCGCUGUAAAAUGGAGGAUAGCUUCGAUUGUGACUGCGGUGAGCUGGAGCCACCUGAUCACUGAGCGAGAGCGUUUGUGCUGAGCUCGUCCGACCUCGCCGCUCCUCACUCACACUCAUACUCACUCACACACACACACACUCACACACACACACACACACUAGACGGUGCUCAGUUUCUCAAGUUAGGAUCGUAAUGCUGCUGCCGCUCAGGACCAGUCGUACACUGAACGCAUGGGUGCUGUGAGGAUGCUGCCACUGCUGCUACUGGCUCUCUCACGUGCACGUUAUCACUGACUACACGUCCAUUCCGUUACAGGAAGGCUAGAGUCUAAACCCCACAGGUCCGAUCUGUGUUCUGGUCACUAACACGCCCUGUGCUGGGAGGACUCGUGGAUCUUUUCUGCUUCUAUGGGAAGUUUUAUUCCUCCACUCGGAAGGUGAAGAGGAAUAUCAGUGUGUGUGUGUGCGGAAAGAAGGAAAUCUUAGAUAGAAAGGAGAGAGAAUCCUUUGUGGUGCUGUUCUGUAAAAUGGCGGAGAAAUUCGAGAGCCUGAUGAACAUUCACGGGUUUGACCUGGGCCCCCGGUACACAGACCUGAAGCCGCUGGGGUACGGAGGGAACGGCCUGGUGUUCUCGGCGGUGGACCGGGACUGUGACAAGCGCGUGGCCGUGAAAAAGAUCGUCCUGACGGACGCUCAGAGCGUCAAGCACGCGUUGCGGGAGAUCAAGAUCAUCCGCCGGCUCGACCACGACAACAUUGUGCGCGUGUUUGAGACGCUGGGGCCGAGCGGGCGGCGUCUGAGCGAGGACGCUAGCUCCCUGACCGAGGUCAACUCGGUGUACAUCGUGCAGGAAUAUGUGGAGACGGACCUGUGCACCGUGCUGGACCAGGGUCCACUCUCUGAGGAACACGCACGCCUCUUCGUCUACCAGCUGCUGCGCGGACUCAAGUACAUCCACUCUGCUAACGUCCUGCACCGCGACCUCAAACCCGCUAACCUGUUCGUCAACACCGAGGACCUGGUGCUCAAGAUCGGAGACUUCGGCCUGGCGCGCAUCAUGGACCCACACUACUCACACAAGGGUCACCUGUCAGAAGGUCUGGUCACUAAGUGGUACCGUUCCCCUCGCCUUCUCCUCUCCCCUAAUAACUACACUAAAGCCAUCGACAUGUGGGCAGCCGGCUGCAUCUUUGCCGAGAUGCUUACAGGAAAAACACUCUUUGCAGGUUAG